CUACACAGAUGGACACACAGCAGGUCUAUGAGAUACUGGGAAAUUAAAUACAGGAAAAGGAAACAAAAUCAAUGCAGCAUGAGAAGGGAGAGCUGACUUUGAUUUAAAGCUGCUCUUGCUAUUUGCCAACUGUCAGUUCAUCCUUUUGCAAUCUUUGUUGAUGGGGAGGGUGGCAGGAGGAUCGAAGCCAUUUUACAGCAUGUGGGGAAGAGAUGCAGGGAAGGAAAGUAGCUAUAAAAGAAGACAAACCUGUUUGUGUACCUUUAUAUACUCUCUCUGUCUUUGGAUUAGUGAAGGAGGGAGACCUGAGAUGAAAAAGAAACUGAGCACAGAAAGUGAGAUAGGGAAGAGUGUGCAAAAGAGAGAGAGGGAGAGAGGGAGGGAGAGGAAGAGAGCUGUGCUGCAGUAGCAUCCCACAGCAGACGGCUGAGGACCGCCGCUGUGUGUGUGUGACUGCACUGCUGACGAGGAGGAGGAGGCAGAGGGUGAGCACGCUCACAGACUCUGCAGGGCCACAGAGGAACAACAGUCAGCAGCAGCGCUAGUGUUGGCCCGCAUCAGGUAGGAGACCCGUCCCCUCCGCAAGAGCGUUGUAACAAGAUCUGGACACGCCAACGCCGCAGAUACCCGCACCAGCAGCAGCAGCAGCAGCAACAACACCACCAACAUGGCACAAGCAGCCAAACAUCUCCGCAAGAACAAGGAUUUAGAAGCCCAGUUGGAGAAGGAAGAGAAAGAGAAAGAGGAGGAGAGGCUGAGAAAGAGGAGUCGCUCCCGGGAUAAAAAGCGCAAGGCCCACGCCGUGCAUCGCUGGCUAAUCGAUCAGGACAGUAGUGUGAGCUCUGAGAUGCCGGAUGGCCAAGGAGUAUGGCACUAUGAUGAUGAAGCAGAUGCUGGCAACAGUUUUCUCCGAGCGGCUCGAUCUGGCAACCUGGACAAGGCCUUGGAACAUAUAAAAAAUGGCAUUGAUAUCAAUACAGCCAAUCAGAAUGGGCUCAACGGGCUGCAUCUGGCCUCCAAAGAAGGCCACGUCAAAAUGGUGCUGGAGUUGCUUCACAACGGAAUCACACUGGAGACCACCACAAAGAAAGGGAACACCGCCCUCCACAUUGCAGCUCUGGCAGGGCAGGAGCAGGUGGUCACAGAGCUGGUAAACUAUGGGGCCAAUGUCAACGCUCAGUCCCAGAAAGGUUUCACUCCACUCUACAUGGCAGCACAAGAAAACCAUCUAGAGGUUGUGAAGUUUCUCCUGGAGAACGGAGCCAAUCAGAGCAUUCCAACAGAGGAUGGAUUCACGCCGCUCGCCGUGGCUCUUCAGCAGGGGCAUGAGAAUGUCGUAGCUCUGCUCAUCAACUAUGGCACCAAGGGAAAGGUCCGGCUCCCUGCACUGCACAUUGCAGCACGAAAUGACGAUACGCGCACAGCUGCGGUGCUUUUGCAGAAUGACCCUAACCCCGACGUCCUCAGCAAGACUGGAUUCACACCCCUCCACAUUGCUGCACAUUAUGAAAACUUGAACGUGGCACAACUGCUGCUUAAUCGAGGAGCAAACGUAAACUUCACUCCAAAAAACGGCAUCACCCCUCUGCACAUUGCUUCCAGACGAGGGAAUGUGAUCAUGGUCCGACUCCUGCUGGACCGGGGGGCCCAGAUUGAUGCCAAGACCAAGGAUGAGUUGACGCCUUUGCAUUGCGCUGCCAGAAACGGGCAUGUCAGAAUUAUAGAGAUCCUGCUGGACCACGGGGCUCCAAUCCAGGCGAAGACAAAGAAUGGCCUGUCACCAAUCCACAUGGCAGCACAAGGGGACCACAUGGACUGUGUCAAGCAGCUCCUGCAAUACAACGCAGAGAUUGAUGAUGUAACACUGGACCACCUCACUCCGCUGCAUGUGGCAGCACACUGCGGGCACCACCGCAUGGCCAAAGUACUGCUGGACAAAGGAGCGAAACCCAACUCGAGGGCUCUGAACGGCUUCACUCCUCUGCACAUCGCCUGCAAAAAGAACCACAUGCGUGUGAUGGACCUCCUGCUCAAACAGUCAGCAUCACUAGAAGCUGUGACUGAAUCAGGCUUAACCCCCUUACAUGUUGCAUCCUUUAUGGGUCAUCUCAACAUUGUGAAGAUCCUCCUCCAGAAGGGAGCUUCUCCUAGCGCCUCUAACGUGAAAGUGGAGACUCCGCUCCAUAUGGCAUGUCGGGCGGGUCACUUUGAAGUGGCAGAGUUUUUACUGGAGAACUCAGCUCCAGUGGAUGCCAAGGCAAAGGACGAUCAAACGCCUCUGCACUGUGCUGCUCGGAUGGGUCACAAAGAGCUGGUGAAGCUUCUGCUUGACCACAAAGCUAACCCCAACUCCACCACCACAGCUGGACACACGCCUCUGCACAUCGCUGCCCGGGAAGGUCACGUUCAAACAGUGCGCAUCCUGCUAGACAUGGAGGCCCAACAGACCAAAAUGACCAAAAAAGGCUUCACUCCGCUGCAUGUAGCCUCCAAGUACGGGAAGGUGGACGUGGCAGAGCUGCUGCUUGAGCGAGGAGCCAACCCUAACGCUGCUGGAAAGAAUGGUCUGACCCCGCUGCAUGUUGCUGUACAUCACAACAACCUGGAUGUUGUUAACUUGCUUGUCAGCAAAGGAGGGUCACCACAUAGCGCUGCCAGGAAUGGCUACACUGCCCUCCACAUUGCAUCCAAGCAGAACCAGGUGGAGGUGGCCAACAGCCUGCUGCAGCACGGAGCUUCAGCCAACGCUGAGUCACUGCAGGGCGUCACUCCGCUCCACCUCGCCUCGCAGGAGGGAAGGCCUGACAUGGUUUCCCUGCUCAUCUCCAAACAGGCCAACGUCAACCUGGGCAACAAGAGUGGAUUAACACCGUUGCACCUGGUGGCACAGGAGGGACAUGUAGGCAUUGCUGAUAUCCUAGUGAAGCAGGGAGCUUCGGUCUACGCUGCCACACGGAUGGGCUACACCCCUCUGCACGUAGCGUGUCAUUACGGUAACAUCAAGAUGGUGAAGUUCCUCUUGCAGCAGCAGGCCAAUGUUAACAGCAAAACAAGGCUUGGCUACACUCCUCUGCAUCAGGCAGCGCAGCAAGGACACACAGACAUUGUGACUUUAUUGCUAAAACAUGGUGCCCAACCCAAUGAGACCACGACUCAUGGCAUGUCAGCGCUGGCCAUUGCGAAAAGGCUGGGAUACAUCUCUGUCAUCGAUGUCCUGAAGCUCGUCACUGAGGAGACUGUUUCUAUGACAACAACAGAGAAGCAUCGCAUGAGUUUUCCGGAAACUGUGGAUGAGAUAUUAGAUGUGUCUGAGGAUGAAGGAAUUGCACAGCUAACGUUAGGAGAGGAGCUCUUGGGGACAGAAGGGGCCAGGUACAUGAAGAUGGAUGACAUGAAAGACCAUGAUGACGAUUUCCUCUCCCCCAAGAAAUCACUGGAGUACGAGAGAGGGCUGGGCACAGCGAAUUACUCACCGGCCAUUCCCAGGAUUCCCCGUGUCUCCCCGGAGAACGUAAAUCUGCCAGAACAUGAAAUGGAUCAGGUACUGCAAAGGCCAGAGUCAGAAAUGCAACAAACUGAAAAUAUCACAUCAUAGUUACAGGGAUUUUUU